AACCUACUUAAUUUUUGUGUGGAUUUUUGUGCUUUUGAAUAAACUAAAUUAUCCAUCUCCCAUUCUUCACUGAUCAACAAUUUUCUGAUUAAGAAUUGUGCUUCAAUGGCUGCAGUGAGAAUAGUACGUUUCCGUAAUACUCUGGGACACUAAUUGCUUAUAUCUUAUACGAGUUAUGUUUUUUUAAGCGUUCAUCUGCUUGCUUCUUGGUCAUCUCUCAUAUAUUUUGCGAAGCGUGACCACUCUAUCCGGAGAAAUCCUUUAUCGGAUUUUUGACCAUUUAGGGAUAAUCAUUUCAGAGUUCUCAGGGAAAUUUCUCUGCUUGUGUAUUAUUAAAUUUAGAUGGCUGUUAAAGAAUGAACCAGCUCAUCUAGAAUAAAAGUAAUUGAGGCUCAGUUAUGAGAUCGCGUUCGGUACCUCUGACUUAUAAUAUACAUGUACAAAAUAAUUUGUCUUUUCUUGUCUGUAUUUCAGUAGUUCAAGGUUGUUGCAAAAACCUUGAAAUAAAUGAGAAAUAUAAAGCUAGGAGCUUCUACUUGUCCUUUAUAAUUGCUGUGUACCUUUUAACAGUUGAAGACAGUUAAUUUUCUAUUCACUCCGUUUCAAUAAUUUAAUGUGCUAAGUGACUAGAUCGUUCAUAGUAGUAUUUAGAAAUCUGAAUAACUCAUUUUCAUUCAUAGAUACAUCGUAUAUUCAUGGAAGACUUUGGCAAACCACCUACUGAACUGUUUGCCAGUUUUGAAUAUAAACCAUUGGCUGCAGCUAGUUUAGCUCAAGUACACCGUGCUGUUACACAUUAUGGUGAAGAAGUUGCAGUGAAGGUUCAGUAUGAAGAUUUACGUGAUCGAUUUGAUGGUGACAUGUCAACUCUUGAGUUACUUUUAAAAUUAAUUGAAAAAAUGCAUCCUAAUUUUGGGUUUGCUUGGGUUUUACAAGAUAUGCGCGAAACAUUAGCCAAAGAACUUGAUUUUGAAAAUGAAGCAGAUAAUUCUGUUCAAUGUUCUACAGAUUUAUCAGAUCUUGGAACUUUAGAUAAAAAUGGCUCUGUUCAUGUACCUUGGGUUGAUCGUAAACUUACUAGUAAACGUGUUCUUACUGCUGAAUUCAUCGAUGGUAUUAAAAUUAAUCAAGUAUCUGCUCUACGUGAUGGUGGUUUCUCUUUAGCUGAAUUAGAUAGUCUAUUAGUACGUGCAUUUAGUCAUCAAGUAUUUUGUACCGGUUUUGUACAUGCUGAUCCUCAUCCAGGCAAUUUGUUGGUACGACGUAAACCUCAGAUUAAAUUAAAUGUUUUCCAGAAAAUCAAAUUAUCCAUUCACUGUAUACCAUACAUCAUAUCUAGUGCAAUAUUAUGGAUUGGGUUUUUGUGUUAUUUUCCUAUUAGUAUUGCACAGAAAUUAAAAAAUCCCAACCAUAAACUAUUUGCAUAUCCAAAUACAAAUCGAAAUACUACUGAAAUUCAGUUAGUACUUUUAGAUCAUGGUCUAUAUGAUACGUUACCAUGUGAUAAGCGUAAAGCUCUGUGUAGAAUGUAUCAAGCUAUAUUAGACUCUAAUGAGUCAACAAUGAAAGAGGCUUCUUCAUUUUUGGGCGUUGAAGAUUGGUCUACUUUUGGAGAAGUUAUUCUACAAAGACCUUGGCGUCGUCAAACCUUCAAGUUACCAUCUCAACUUUCGGCAGCUGAUAAGGCUUAUAUACGAGCUACAGCAAUCGAACAUUUCGAUCGAGUCAUGUCAGUUCUUGAACAGAUGCCACGUCCAAUGCUUCUGUUUAUUAGGAAUUUAAAUCUUAUUCGUUCUAUAUGUCGUUCUCAUGGUGAUCCAAUUGAUCGUCACUCUCUAAUGAUAGAUAGUGCUAUUCUUGGUAGUAGAAUUACAACAUCAUAUUCUGGAAAGUUAAUUCCUCUGUCAUGGAUUGAUAGAUUAUGGGUGAAUAUAACACUUCAACGAUAUCACUGGAAAUUAAAAUAUGAAACAUUAUAUUUAUGGAUUCAAGGUUUGGUCUAUCAAUUAUUAUACGCUGUAGGUCAAGUACCUGAUAUCAAUGAAUUAUCAUCAUUGUAUAAUGUUGCAACUCCUAAAGCGUUAUCAGCUAACGUUUAACUCCUAAUCCGAUCAAACGCACACACGCACAGAGAAGAAGAGAACGCAGUUCUGUUGGAAAAAAGAAAUAAUCACAUUGAUUUUUGUUUCAUUAUUUUUAAUCUCUGAUUUCUUCCUAUUUGUUUUGUUCUUAACCUUGUAUCAUUUGUAGAUAUCAAGACUAAGGUCGGACUUGAUAACUUCAAAUAAAUUGUGCAUUAGAUAGAAGGUUAAUAAUAAAUAUAUUUUUUAUUAUAUCCCAACCAGUAGAAAAAUUGUAUUUCUGAUGUUUCGUCACUUAAUGUGAGCCGCUUCUUCGGUUAUUUAUUUGCUUUGAAGAAGUGGCUUAUAUUAAAUCACGAAACGUCAGUAACAUAAUUUUUCUACUCAUUGGGAUCUAGCUUGUGUUAUUUGUUUACUUUCUAUCUUUGGUGUUUCUUUUUUUCUUUCGAUGCUUUCUGUUUCGAUGUUAGCAACUUGUCUCAAUUGUUGGUGUGUGUGUGUGUUCAUCAUUUACACACAGAAUUUCUGUAAAUAUCUUUCUAUUGAACAGAUGUAGAUCAGUAGGAAAAACAUACAAUUUCAUACUAACUAAUUAUAUGGGACCAUUUUUCUGCUUAAAUAAUGCUCUGUACUUAUACAUAAUACUAUUUUCAUUUAGAUUUACUGAGAACUUCGGCGAGACUAUAAUUUAUGAACGAACCAAUUAGGUAUAAGAUAACAUGUCUCGGAUUUUGGCGCGAAAUUCACUCAUCCAUUUGAUUAAAUAGAGUUUUGACAUUAUAGAUGAUGUCAGUUUGUAAUGGAAACCCUAAAUCUAAUUCCUCACACAAAUUUAUGACCCUCAUUUGAUCCUAGUUAUUAGGUGGACACUCAAGGUUAGUCUAGCGUCGCUCAAAAGUCGUCCAUAAAUUAUAGUCUCAUCAGAACUUCUAGUUGAUUCAGUAUAGUAUUGAUGCUUAGUUUUUCUAUUAUAUAUAUAAUCAUUUCAAUUUGAUGGAAAAAUUCUUUCUUUUAUUGAUUGAAUUUCUUUAAAAUACACUAAUAAACUUACCAACAUUU